AGCAGCCCCAUUCCUGUCGUUUCCUUCCCACUCACUAAUGCACUCCUGCCUCAUUUGCCGUACUUAACGGGCCUGACAAGUCAUUUUGCCAGUUUGUUCUCUGGAGGUUGGCCAACUUACCACCAGCCGAACGAUGCAUUGGCCUCGGCCGCAGUUUUGAAAACUGCCACAAUUGGUGUCUUGCUUGGGUGGUUUCUCAUUGCUAUCUGUUUCCGGGCAGUCUGUUCUCUGGUCUAUCGCGUCUGGAUCCGCCUCAUUCCUUCCCAAGCAUGCUCAUUCGGUCUCCCACUGUGUCAUCCCUCAAAUCGCCAGUCAGCCUGCUCUGUGACCGAGGCUCGCGGCAAGCUGGACAGUGGCCAUUGACAGCCUUGGUCGUGAUCGCUCCAAAUAAACCCGCCCACUACCCGGUCCCGUCGCCAUGUCCAAACAGUCGUCCAAGUCCAGCAAAAAGCAGAAACGAGAGGAACAGUCAGAGUCUGAUAGCGAUGACGAUCUGCAGCCAAUCCAUUUCUUUGUUCCAGGGGAGAACAUCAACGCCGCAGUGCUUGUCGACUACAUAACGCAGUACGUCGAUAGAACCGCAAAGAUCACGUCAAGUCAUCAUCCAACUGAUAAGUCGCGAACAGGCUUCAACGUGUCCGCAAAGAAGACACUCAAUGCCGUUAGCCUCCGCGACAUCAUCAACGACUCGAAAGACUGGGAUCUAGAGACACAAAGCAAGAAAUUCCGAAAAGACCCAUACCGAUAUGCAGACUCGGAAACAGCCCGCCGGCGUGGGCGUCAAGGCGCAUCAAGAGGUGGCACGACUCGUCCAGCACAACAACGAUCGACACGGGAAGCAUCGGCGGAGCCUGAGAGUUACCGACGAGACAAGGUCACCGGUCCUACAACCACGGGCAAUGUUCCCGCACAGUAUUCCUAUCAGGGGUCACAGUCCCCAAAUGCAGGCGGAUACUAUCAGCCUCCCCCAAAGGCAGACUAUGGUUCGAGCACAAAUUAUAUCUACAACAACGUAAAUGCCACUUCUUUCAGUGCUAACCUGCCUGCCAACACUGCCCAAUACCCAUCCGGUCAAUACCAGAGCGCCUAUCCUCAACCUCAGAAAACAUAUUCUGAUCUAGCACCACCCUCUUACGAGCAGGCCGUUCCGAGAGGGCCACCUCGACCUCAGACUCCGGGCAAUCCUGAUCCCGACACGUUUGACCGCGAGGAGAAGCCCAGGAGACAGGGCAGCGAUGCACCCGCAUCACGUCAAGGUUCGAUAGCCCAUGGGGACGACGGGUCUCGGUCCUACAGUGCGCAAGGUCGUAGGCAACAUCCAUAUGAUGAAACGACGCGAAGGGCCAGUCAUCGGUAGUCAGUCUCGAAUGGACCGCAUACGACCCCGUCGUCGCUGGAAAGGAUUUGGGUUCCCCGAGCAUACUAUUCCAAGAAGCAGCUGUGGUGAUGGCAACAGUUGGACCGAGGAGGACCUCUUCAUGCUAAAUUUGCUGAUUAGAAGUCCCAGGCUUGCAGUUCCAACGUUGGUGACCGGGAACACCACAAGGAUCUUUGGACGUGGAUGCCAAUCUCUCUGGGUUAAGGCGGCCGUGCCUUUGUCGAUGCAGAGCUGAUCGAGCCCCGCCGUGCAGUACUCGCACUCACUGUUUUGUUUCCCCUGCGGCGCGCAUCAGGGAAGGAGUCACCACCUGGUUUCUGGCAUUCGACAUGAGUCGUGGAUAUCAGUGUCAGUUUCUGAUUUGCAUUUUUGGGCGUGGCGCUUAGCAUCGAGCUUGAUGUUAGUUUCAUUCUGGAUGGAGAUGGGAUACCUGGACCAAGCGAUAGAUUGAAGAACGGGGAGGGAUAUCGAAGAAUGAAAUCCGUGCCUGAUCGGAUCAAGGUUGCUUGCCGUUGCGUAUGGGGCGUUGGCCAAAGAGCCUUUCGCCGCAUAACAGUCGUUGCACGGGAGGAGAAGUUGACAGGUGGGAAGUUGCACAUCUCCCAGAUCUGUGCGCAUGCAGUAAUCGAGCUGUUGCAACGUUCUUGCAUCGGCAGUUUCAAGUCAUGUUAUCGCCUGUGACCGCGCACAAUGGCAGCUGCCCACGACUGCAUCGACCAGGUCAUUUUGGUGUUGAAAGUAGA